AUUCACAGGGUCUCAUCUUGGUUCGCCGGGUCUGUGUCCGGCUGCACACAACAGAGAUGACUUCCAGCCAAAACCACAUCCGCUAUGUUUGCACUACUUUCGACAUCGAGAUCACUCCGAACGUGCUCAAUAUAGCAUAUGACGACCGGUCAGGGGCUCCCGCAUCCUUCAGUGGGAUACGCAACGCACCUCCUAUCAAUCCCCACCACACCGAUCACCAGGUGUUUACCACGGACCACCUGAGUAUCAUGCUUUUUGUGGGUGGCGGAACAGUCGUCACAAUCAAUGAUAGUCGCGGCCGACCUAGCCGCAGACGCACCUUCAACGUGCCGCCAGCACUCCUAGGCUGGGUCGAGACCAAUGAGGGCAGACAAGGGCACUGGCUGUAUGUCAAUGACGCGAACAGAGGAAGCUUUGCCGGUAUGUAUAGCUUCAUUCCUCCCUCUGAAUUUACACCUGAUCAUUGCUCUGGAAGCUCGAUGGGUCAUCAAUUCGCGGUCCCUGCCCACGAUAUUGAUACUUUAUCAACUCCAUAG